AUGGACACUCAGAAGGACGUUCUACCCCCGAAGCAGCAGCCCAUGAUAUAUAUUUGUGGAGAGUGUCACACCAAAAGUGAAAUGAAAUCCAGAGAUCCAAUCAGAUGCAGAGAAUGUGGAUACAGAAUAAUGUACAAGAAAAGGACUAAAAGAUUGGUGGUUUUUGAUGCUCGAUAAAUAAUGGAAAUCUAAGAGGAUCUUCAUUUUACUUGCAUUUUCUCCAUUAAUGGUUCUUAUUGUUGGUGUAACUUUUAAUUUAGCACACUUACCUUAUGAGUAUAAAACUAUGUACAUAUGAUUUUAUUUUAUGUUAGA